GUCAAGACAAUGAAAGCAACCUUACUGGCAGCUGUCAAGAAGCGCUUCAGUGACGUCGAGACCAACCCACUGUACUUCAUCUCCACCAUACUUGACCCAAGGUAUAAAGAUCGCUUCUUCUCCAACAACACUGCUCCGGAGGCCAAGCUGCACCUGAAGCAGGAGCUGCAGAUGAUGUCCAGAGCUGAGGCAGAGGGGAGUUGGGCAGAAGCUGCAGAACUUCCUGCUAAACUGUUCCUCAAGGCCCAGGCCAGCACUAGCAGCAGUCUGGACACUGUAUUUGAAGAAAUCGCUAAGGAGCAGCCCCAGGCAGCACAGCCGCUGGCAGCAGGUGCUGCCAUUGAGCUCGACAUAUACCUCGGAGAGGCCCCAAGCCCUCGUGAAGACAGUCCUCUGAAGUACUGGGGUGUCAACAAAAUCAGGUUCCCCACUUUGGCUAAAAUGGCCCAGAAAUACCUCUCAGCCCCAUGUAGCAGUGUGGAAAGUGAAAGGCUUUUUAGCUCAGUGUCACACAUUAUAGAUGAAAACAGAAACAGGCUGACUUCUGAUAAUGCAGAAAAGCUACUUUUCUUAAAAAAAAACCUGCCACUCACUUUUUCUAAAUAGGCUCCAUUAAGUGAGUCGUCUUAGACUUGAUGUUAAUACCUACCUCAGUUGCACUGACUGCCACAGUUCUAUGUUGGUGGAUGUUGUUAGUUUAUUCAAAUAUUGUGCACUAAAUAGCAAAGAUGUUUAUUAAUGCCCCUUGUGUUGUCCAAAGCGGCAGAGUUUACAACAAACUGAAAAAAAUACUUGAGUUGCACUGUCACUGUUUAAAUUUUUUUUUAUAAUUAUUUAUUCUGUAAUAUGUUGCAUACAACAUGCUUUUCAUUUUAAAUAAAUGUUCUUAAUUCCAAACUAGUCCCUUGUUUUUUUUGUUAAAUUAUAUGACUAAAGUUGUUACCUGUAAAUUUAAAUCAUGUUUUUAUUAAGUACUCGGUAUCGGCGAGUACUGAAAUGCAAGUACUCGUACUCAUUUUCCAAAAAAGUGGUAUCGGUGCAUCCCUAGCAUGUGAGAACAUAGCAUCAGGACAGGAGUGCAUGACAGAAUAACUUAUCUCAAGGUUGUGAACUCAAGUCUCCAUUAUAAAUUGCAACAAAAUUAAAACAUGUAUUAACCACAACUGGCAAAUUAUUAUAAAUGUUUUAAUAUAGUAGAUUUUAAUUUAUUCUAUUGAUAUCAACUGCCAAAUACACAUAAUAAAGAUAUUUAAAUUAUUAUUAUUAUACUGUUUGAAUUGCUUAACAAAGUUAUCAAACAAAACUUAUAAUAAUGCUGAAUACACCUUCUCCUCUAAAAGGUAAGAAAUUAUGGCAUACAUUUCAGAAUCAUUAAAUGA